AGGAAGAAGGCCGAAGGGUCUGAGAUGGAGGAGCCGCUCUGCUGCUGCGAGUACAUUGACCGGAGAGGGGAGAAGAACCAUCUAGUGGCCUGUUGCUGUGACUGCGAGGACCUCGAUGAGGGCUGUGAAAGGUGGCUGACGUGCAGAUCUUUGCCCCCGGGGACUUUAGAGAGAAUUGCAGACACCAUCUUGGAUCGCUUCCGCAUCCCCUGGCUUAAGGGGGCCAUAAAGAUCAAUAUCAGCCUGCUCCCACCACUAGUCCUGCUGCCAGUCUUCCUCCACGUAGCAGCUCUGCACUUCCUGUUGGCACUUGUUAUCCUGACAUCCCUUCCUGUGGUGGUGCUGUGGUACUACUACCUCACGCAUAGAAGAAAGGGACGGACUCUCUUCUUUUUGAGCCUGGGGCUGUUCUCUCUGGGGUACAUGUAUUAUGUGUUCCUCCGGGAAGUGGUUCCCCGAGGCCAUGUGGGGCAAACUCAGGUGGUUAUUCUCACCUGUGGGCUAAUUCUCAUGCUUGUGGCCCUGUCUCAAGCCAAGAGAGACCCUGGCUACCUUGCCAGCCAAAUGAGCAAUGACAAAUCACCAUGCCAAGGCAGCAAUGACUUGCCAAACAGGAAAAUCCUGGGGAGUUCCAAUGGGCUUCACGGAGCAGCUGUGUCUGGCAUUGCCAGCUGUCAUGCUAAGAACAGUGAUGCCAAGGGCUAUUCUAGAACGUUGGCCGAGGGACUAGACAGAGCAAAGGAGGACUGGUGCACCAAAUGUCAGCUGAUUAGGCCACCUCGGGCUGGACAUUGCCGGUUGUGUGGCAUAUGUGUAAGGAGACUGGACCAUCACUGUGUCUGGAUUAACAGCUGCGUAGGGGAGCGGAACCACCGAGCCUUUAUCCUUGUGCUAUCACUCUUCCUGCUCACCUCCGUUUAUGGAAUUACACUGACCCUGGACACCAUCUGUAGGGGCCAAAAUAUGUUCAUAGCGCUGUUCUACUGCCCAGGGACCUAUGCAGACUACAGCUCUGCUCUGUCAUUCACGUGUGUGUGGUACUGUGCCAUUGUAACGGCCGGGAUGGGCUACAUCCUCCUCAUCCAGCUAUUGAACAUCAGCUACAACGUGACCGAGAGGGAAGCUCGGCUGGCUCUGCGGGAGGACACCGGGCGCAGGCUUCUGGGCGGGAUUGUGGUAGACACGGGCAAGUAUAACCAGGGCUUCCUGUACAACUGGGGCCAGUUCUUGACCCUGGGGUCACCCACUCCUCAGCACUCUGCUGAAGACGUUGUGUGAAAUCCCUUUCCCACUGAUCGCAGUGACAUUCUGUGGAGGUGAAUGGCUCCUUCCACAGGGAUCCCACUGCCAUUCCCGACGGACUUGGAGGCUGUGCCCAUCUCAUCAUCGGUGUCUGAAGAGGCAUUAAAGGACAGAUAGCUCUCGUACAUCAGAGGCCAAAAGUAGGGUGCAGAAUGAAUUAAACCAUAUGCACCAACCAGGAGAGAUGAAAUCACACUCCUACCCCACCUGUCUCCACACAAAGAAAUUAUGCACAGUUCAGGAGGAUUAACAGCACAAGAACAUGGAUGCUCCAUGUGUAGAUUUCAGAGCCAAGAUAAUCAAAUGCCAGGCUUCAGGCCUCUGGACACUGCAGGGUUCAGGACAGACUCCCCUCUCUUACCCACGUGCAGCAUUUCACAAAUGACGUGAUGCCUUGUGCUGAUGAGGCAAACUAUAAUGUGUACCAGGAGCAAGCCAUUCCAAGAGACAGGAUCGCAAUCAUAAUGGAUUAAGGGGAAGAUAUUUAAAAGGGGCUUUGUCUUGUGGUAGCUUUAAGAACCAACUAGGACCUCUCUUCUCUCUUGUGGGCAUAUUUUUCAAUCUUCCAUUCCAACCCAUCCAUAAAGCUGCAUCAGCUGUUAGUGCUUCUCUUAAGUGCCUUUGUGAGCAGUACAUCUAUAGGGCUGUUUGAGGUCCUGUCCUCUCUUAGCCGCCCCCAAAGGGGCUAUUCCAUCUGUGUGUGAGGGGAGGACUGAUCCCUCCUGUGCCAGUGAUUUCUUUCCUCUGCUUCUCUGAGUUGAUCCAAGAGCUUGACUCCCUUGAAAUAUUUUUGUUCCAUUAGCAAUUGCUAGCACCACACAGCUGGUAAAUAUUUUUCAAGUAAGAAAGCUUUAAGUUCCCAAGUAGCUGUUACUCAUUCUGGGGCAGUGGCCCAGGUGGGAAGUAAAUAGACCCUUGUCUGAUGUGAUGAGAGAGGAAUAAUAGUACUCCUGGGAGAUGGCUCACAGCUGAAGUACAGCUGCCCAGAUCUCUGUCCCCCAAUCACUGAGAACGUGCUCUACCCCCAGUAGACCUGCUUCUCAAAGGAACUGGAAAGACAAGAUUUAACUCGGAGGUCUGGGGAUGAGGGGAGGGUUUGUUGGGCCUCACAGAAGACUGCUAAAUGAAAAUGUUGGUUGCAGUGUUGUAUAGUCAGGAUAUUAGAGAGACAAGGUGAGUUGGGUAAUAUCUUGUAUUGGACCAUCUUCUCUUUGGUGAGAGAGAGAAGCUUUCAGGCUCACGUGAUCUGAAGAAGAGCUCUGUGUAAGCCCAAAACCUUGUCUCUUUCACCAACAGAAGUUGAUCCAAUGAAAAAUAUUACCUCCCCCACCGUGUCUCUCAAGUGAAACGGUUGGCGGGGGUUACAGCGGGGUUGCUAGAGUCCUGUGAGGACUGAGUGCAUCUGCCUCUCAACCACACCUACCUGGGCUCCACUUUUAGCUGAAAUCACAAGGGAUGUCAUUUGGCAGAUCUUAUGUCUAGCCCUGUUUGUGCACAUUGUAAACACCACUGUAAUUUGAUAUGCCUGACUAGAUAAGCCCUGGGCUCAGAGAGCAUUGGAGUAUUGUAGAUCCAGACUGAGAUGCACCGGCAGAGAUGAGAGGAAUCUCACUCUAAUUAUUAAUAUGCGUCCACUCCACAAAAACAACAAUCAAUGAGUAGCCCCCUUGGUGGUAGACAGACCAAGGACUGAUUGGAGACUUGAACUCCCCUCUCCUUGCUUAGAGGUCAACUGUUUAGGGCAGGGUUGAUAAAGUGUAUUACCAAAGGGUGUGUGUGGGGUGGGGGAGGAGAGAGCAAAAAGGCAAGCUUCCCCUUGCCGUCUUUCUGUACAUUCAGCCCCCAAUCUGCUGGUCUGGCACCUUUCACCAUCACUGCUCAAGAUACAAUGCCCAAGUUCAAGUCAAUGUGCCCCUCUUUGCACUGUUCCGUUGCUUGCUAAAGUGGUAUAUGCAACUUCUGUGCCCUACAGCAUAAUUAAUAAGCCUUAGGAACUGCUGUGCUUGGAGCCCAGUGACAUGGAAAGAGCUGCUGACUUGUGCAGUCCCCUUUUUGUGAUCACUUUAAAAGGGAGAAACCUCUGUCUCCAGUCAGAGGGAAGGAAAGAAGAAAAUCAAGAGAUGUGGAGACCUCUGGCCCUUUAUUAUCCCCAUUUCAAUGAGAAAGCAGUCACAUGGAUCACAAUGCUCGUCCACUGGCAUGAUUAGUUUCUAAGGUGCCACAAGUACUCCUUUUCUUUUUGCGAAUACAGACUAACAUGGCUGCUACUCUGAAACCUGGCAUGAUUAUGAUGAUCUCACUUCUCUUGGGACUGGAGUUAUGUUCACAUCAAGAGCUUGCCUUAAUGCUACUUAACUGCAAAUGUGUCUGUAGCAGAAAUACAUUUAGCGGGGCCAUGGGGAGCCUAGAUGGAAGAGUUCUGCCUCAUACAGUGAUCUCUCUCAAAUCUCUGUCCUGUUGGGAACUUGGAAAGGUUGAGAUAAUGUUGCCUUCUGGGCAGAAAAAAGCCACUAGAGGGCAUGUGGUGUAGAGCACAGAACUAGGAGCUAUGACCUUGGGCAAGUCACCUAACCUUUCCAUGCUUGUUAACCCCUCUGUGAAGUGGGAAUAAAACUCUGAACUAGUGUGUUUACCAGUGCCAUCUAGUGGGUGGAAUUGGAGCUGCUCAACUGUGUGUCAGACCCAAACAGCUUCAAGUGGUUAGAGGCCUGUGUUUUUGCUGCAGGAGGAUCUGAAUUUUAUUCCUACUGCAUGGGAAGUUCUAAGUGGCCAUAGAAUGCACUCUGGUGGCAAAUGCACUGUCUUAAAUGGCCACCUUCUUGUUUACAGUCCUAGCCUUCCUGAGAGAGGAUUACCUCAUGAAUGUCUAUGGAGAGGGAAAGCACAAUGUUGAAUUUUUGCUCUGUUUGUACAGUGCCUAGCACAAUGGGGUUCUGGUCUAUGAUUGGGGCUCCUAGGCACUAUAGUGAUAUAAACACUAAUAUCGGGAAGUAAUGCUGUUCUGUCCUUUUCAUGGUAAGAGCUUCAGAUUUACUCUGUUUUGGGGUUUGGAGCUUCCUUUGAGUACCCACAGUGCAGCAGAAAGUCCAAGAAGGGCAAUGCCCCCCUUUUCAUUUCUACUGAGGGUGGAUUAUCUCACAUUCUUUGCUUUGCCCACCCUUAGUCCAAUGACACAAGGUUAAACUUCCAGCCAAAUGUUAAAAUCCACCACAGUAGUAGACAUAAAGAGAGAGUCU